CGGUGCCAUUGGCAAGCCGAAUAGGUUUUUUUUUCAUGAGUGAUCAUGGUUGUCCUGGAAAAGCUGUUUCUGUAUCGGAGUAUCUGCGUCGGAUCCCGAAAGUCGAACUACACGCGCAUUUGAACGGAUGCAUUCGGCACGAAACCUUGAUGGAUCUAGCUCACGAGAGAGGCGCGACGCUGAGUAACAGGCACUUUUCUGCGGAACCGCUCCACGAGAACCUCGCUUCACCCCCAAACAAUGGCGAGCACCACAGCAUGUACAAUAUCAUGCCACGAUCUCUGCAGAACUGCUUCGAUAUAUUUGCCGAAAUUCCGGCUUGCGUUAACGACUUGUCGGCACUGCGAAGAAUAACGCAGGAAGCUCUGGAAGAUUUCGCAGCACAUCACGUUGCCUAUCUCGAAUUGCGUUCUACACCGAAGCGCUUACUGCGGUCACAUCAAGAUGAUCAAUCGCAAAAGGUUGACAAACAGGUGUACAUUGAAACAGUGUUGGAGGGUAUACGCGACUUCCAGAGCAAAGAAAAGGAACGCUUCAGUCACGAUCCAGUAUUGUCAUCGUCUCGGUUACCUAUCGUGUGUAACUUCAUUGUCGCUAUCGACCGAUCGCAGUCCCUGGAAGAAGCAACGGAUACUGUACAUAUUGCAAUCGACAUGUUCCAACGCCAGCAGAGUCGGCCUUCCAAUCUCUCGCCGUCAAUUGUCGGAAUCGACUUGGGGGGCAAUCCGACCAAAAAUGAUUUUCGGACUUUUCAGACCCUCUUUCAAAAGGCGAGACAGGCCGGACUCAAGGUGACGAUCCAUUGUGGUGAAAUCCCAUCCCGGGACGAAGCCGUGGCCAUUUUGGCUUUCCGACCGGACCGUUUGGGACACGCCUUGUUGCUCCCAUCCUCGCUUCAAAAAGUGCUGGAAGACACCAAGAUCCCCGUGGAAACCUGCCCCACAAGCAAUGUCAUGACGUUGGAACUCGCCAGAUCCUCGAACGGGAAUCUCGUGCACGGACUAUCCCAGCAUCCCUGUUUGGCACAAUGGCUCCAGAACAAUCAUCCAUUGUCUAUUGGUACAGAUGACCCGGGUGUCUUCCAUACCAACGCAACUAAAGAACUGGUGUUACUGGUCAAUACCUUUUCUUUGGAUCCUUGUGCAAUGGCAGAAAAGGUUGCUGAUUCUGUCAACUACGCGUUUUGCAAUGAGACUCUCAGGCAAGAGAUAAACGCCAAGAUGCGUGAAAUCAUGAAAGAGAUUCAUCAUUCUUCCUGA